AUGAUGUUUCCUGCAGUUACCAAAAUCUGCGCCCUGCUGGGAGCUGGUACACUUCCUAUGUGCGCCGGAUAUGUCGCCCAGCCUCGCAGUAAUCAAAAAAGCGAUGAUAUUUGCACCGAAACAACGAUAGCUAUCUUGGGUGGUGGCAUGGCUGGCGUCUCGGCAGCACAAGCGCUAAAAAAUGCUUCCAUUACCGAUUUCUUUCUCCUCGAAUCCCGAGGCACCUUAGGCGGGCGGGUAUGGCACACGGACUUCGGUCAAGAUAGGUUGGGGAAGCCGUACACAAUAGAGCUUGGCGCGAAUUGGAAUCCCCUUUGGACGCUAGCAGAAAAAUACAACAUCAGCAACACCCACACCACCUACCGUUCUAUCCGGACAUACAAUGAAACUGGAUACACCGAUUAUAGACAUCUUUUGGAUGCCUAUAGUUCUGCUUACGUGACCGCUGCCCAGGCGGCCGGACGAAUUUUGACAUCCAACCUCCAAGACCAAACAGCCCGCUCGGGAUUGGCUCUCGCCGGCUGGCAGCCGCAGAAGCAUGAUAUGGCGGCGCAGGCAGUGGAAUGGUGGAACUGGGAUUUUGAAGACGCGUCGACGCCCGAAACGAGCUCUUUCGCGUUCGGCAUCGCAGGCGAGAAUCUUACUUUUCACCAGUUUGGACCGCGAAACAAUAUGGUGACAGACCCCCGCGGGUAUCGCACCAUCAUCGAGCGUGAAGCGUCAGCGCUCUUUCCAUCGGGCCUGCAAGACCAUCGUAUAUGGCUCGACUCUCAUGUCACUGACAUCGAGUAUUCCCCCAAAAAGGUGACUGUGCGCACGAAGGACGGGAGCUGCGUGCGUGCGGACUAUGUCAUUUGUACCUUUUCCCUGGGUGUGUUGCAAGAUCACGACGCCGUCCGAUUUGAACCCCCACUGCCGGAAUGGAAGCAGACUGCGAUUCACAAGUUCACCAUGGGCACCUACACCAAGAUAUUCAUGCAAUUUGAAGAGGCCUUCUGGCCGACGGAUACGUUGUUCUUCCUGUACGCAUCACCUACCACGAGAGGAUACUACCCGAUAUUCCAGUCGCUCACGGGGGACGGAUUCCUUCCGGGCUCCAACAUCCUCUUCGUCACAGUCGUGGGCGAAGAAGCCUAUCGGGUCGAGCGACAAACGGACGAUGAGACGAAAGAGGAGAUCCUCACCGUUCUCCGUGAGAUGUUCCCAGACCAUGAGAUUCCCGAGCCUACAGCAUUCACGUAUCCACGCUGGUCGAGGGAGCCAUGGACGUAUGGCAGCUAUUCCAACUGGCCCGCUGGGACAACCCUCGAGAUGCACCAGAACUUGCGCGCGAACGUUGACCGGCUAUGGUUCGCGGGCGAGGCCACCAGCACCCCGUACUUUGGAUUCCUGCACGGGGCCUUAUACGAGGGCCGCGAAGCCGGAGAGCACGUCGCAGCCCUAGUGCAGAAGCGCUGUAUGCCGCUUGACGGGACGAAAUUCUGUGGCGAUAGAAAACGUUAUGAGCGUCUUCAUGGUACGACGCCGUCAGAUUCGUUUUCCGCAGAGAAUGGAUGGCCCGUGAGUAGUAUGGAGUUAUAG